GCCAAGCCUGUAUUUGGUGUCCUGUGAAGAAAGAAGAAAUAGUAACCUCUCAGUUGGAGGACCAAGAAGCCAUGAAUUCUAAACAGCAGACAGUGAAACUAAGUGAUGGUCACUUCAUCCCUGUACUGGGUUUUGGUACCUAUGCACCUCAAGAGGUACCCAAGACUAAGGCUACAGAAGCCACCAAAAUAGCUAUAGAUGCUGGUUUCCGCCAUAUUGAUUCUGCUUCUAUGUAUCAAAAUGAAGAGGAGGUGGGACUGGCCAUUCGAAGCAAGAUUGCAGAAGGCACUGUGAAGAGGGAAGAUAUAUUUUACACAACAAAGCUUUGGUGUACUUUUCAUCGUCCAGAACUGGUGCAGUUUGGCUUGGAACAGUCACUGAAGAAACUCCAAUUGCACUAUGUGGACCUGUACCUUAUUCAUUUCCCAAUAUCUCUGAAGCCAGGAGAGAAUUAUCUUCCAACAGAUGAGAAUGGAAAAACCAUAUUUGACACAGUGGAUCUCUGUGCCACCUGGGAGGCCAUGGAGAGGUGUAAGGAUGCAGGACUGACCAAGUCCAUCGGGGUGUCCAACUUUAACCGCAGGCAGCUGGAAAUGAUCCUGAACAAGCCAGGGCUCAAGUACAAGCCUGUGUGCAAUCAGGUAGAAUGUCAUCUUUAUCUCAACCAGGGAAAACUUCUGGAUUUCUGCAAGUCAAAAGACAUAGUUCUGGUUGCUUACAGUGCUCUGGGAAGCCACCGAGAAAAAAAAUGGGUAGACCAGAAUACCCCCAUUCUUUUGGAUGAUCCAGUUCUUGGUUCCAUGGCAAAAAAAUACAAGCGGACUCCAGCCCUGAUUGCUCUUCGCUAUCAGCUGCAGCGUGGGGUUGUGGUCCUAGCCAAGAGUUUCUCAGAGAAGAGGAUAAAAGAGAACAUACAGGUUUUUGAAUUUCAGUUGACUUCAGAGGACAUGAAAGUCCUUGAUGGCCUAAAUAAAAAUAUCCGAUACAUACCCGGUUCCAUCUUUAAGGGCCACCCUGAGUUUCCAUUUUCAGAUGAAUAUUAACAUGGAGGCCUGUGCUGGAAUUCCCUGCAUGUGGAUAGUAUAGAGGAAGAGUACACAGUGGUGAUGACUCCAUAAGUCACCCUAAUCCAUGCUUCUGAGCAACCCUGGAUCUGCUGAAUUCUCAGCCAUAUGCAAGGAAGCAAACACAGUAUAUAUUUGCCCCUUUCUGAAUAGAAAUAAAAGAAUGAUUUUUCUGCAGCAUUUA